UUCGCGAUUUAGUUGUAUCCAAGACCAAACUCAAGCAGGACGUCGAGCGCCGGAGAAUUCGUGCGCCGAUCUCCAUCUCCGUAUGCCGUAAGCGUCCUUACACGAAGCAAAAGCUUACCGAGAGUUGUUUUUGGUUGCGUGCGCAGCAAGCAGUGACGAGUUGAACAAACUUUUGCGCGUGUGCACCACGGUCGGUUACAUAAGUGCAGUGCGCGGCGUGUGGGUGCGAGUGACUUGCGCGAGCAGUUAGAACGCGAACUCGCGAUCGCAGUUGUGCAUCGAGCGAGCGAGUGUGAUCAGUUUUGUGAUGAGUUUGUGAUAAUGCAAGCGGAAGAUUGUUUAGUGGCGGUUACUUGAUGUCGAUGCAAAUAAAGCUUAAAAAAGCCGUCAAUUAAAUCCAAUCAACUGCAGCACGGUCGUGAUCCGGUGAGGUGGAAAAUUGAAGUUCAAUGUAUAAAAAAGUAAAAAAAGGAAACGUUAAAAGAAGUGACAUAAGUACAACAACAAAAAAGCCCAGUGGUGAAACUAAGUGGUGAAAACGGCAGUAAAAUAAACAACAAACCUAACAAGAACGAACGCAAACGUAUCUCGCAAGGAUCGCAUGGAUUAGCACACAUUAGCAGGAGACAACGAGAGCACCGGGGGCAGCACACGGUGGAAGCAGAACCGGGAACCGGGAAUUUCUGGAUUACCGUCCGAGAGAAGAUAUUGCGACUUAAAGUGUAACUCCCCACCGCAACAGAACGAGGCUGAGUCGUGAUCCCGAGGGAACGGCAGAAUUCACCUGCGACUUGUUUGACGGUGUAGUUAUUACUUUGCCGCCCGUUUCCCUCGCAUACUUCGGCACCCCCCUCGUGUGCGCGUGUGUGUGUGCGAGCGUGUAUGUAUCGGUGAGUCUGUAUGAUGUUGUGAUCGGAAGUUGUGAUCCAGCGGGAACUUGCGAGCGUUUCGUGUGCGCGAACGUCGAGCAAGGUUGUUUUGUAUGUGACCGGGGAAGCUCCGGAGCCUGUACCACAUCUGGUGAGAUAUUAUUAGCGGCCGCCCGAGUGUAUUUGUGCCUGUGUACGUGUGUGUGUGUGUAGGGGUGCGCGUGUUUUGUGACUCGGAAGGUUCCAAAAGCGUAUGACGUUUGUAGCUGGAGGUUGUGCAACGUCAAGAGCAAAAAAAAAGGGCAAGCAAGGUGGUGAGCAAGUGUUGUGCAAUAAUACGGCUAGAACGCAAUAAUUGGAAUCAUCAGCCGAUCAGCGGCAGCAUCGUCGUCAGUUGUCGUCUAAGUUAUCAAUGCACAAAACGGGGUGGCCCUACUAGCCCUGCAACCUUCGGCCCCUGUUUACCCGGGCCUGGCUGUGACCCGAACGGAAGCGGAGGAAGCGUGCGAACAUCGGCAAUUAACAUGUGCAUAAUAAUUGCGCCCUGAAGGAUUUACCACGUGGAUGCGACUGAUCUGUCCAAAACAAAAUAUUCCAUCAUCCCGUUGCGGAUAUUUCAACUAACCCUUAUGGAAAUUAAAUACUAAGCAGCUAAUCAAAAUGUCUGGAGCGAAUCCCCCUCGAAGCGUUACGCCAAACGCGCAGCAGGACUACGAUGUUACGCGUAUGCGAGAGGAAGACUUCGAGCGGCUGGCCGUCUACAUCGUGCCGGACAUGCCCUGCGAGAAGGGUGUACCGGGCCGGGCGGAGAAAACGUUACCCCGCAGCCUCACGCUCAAACCCUCCCUCGUCCUGUCGACGCCCACAUCCACGGUAAGGCGGAAGCAGCCAAACGAGACCGACGACAAUUCUAACUCCUCGCGCAUUUCUCCCCCACAGACUGAAGGAGUGUGGAGCACAGGCGUCAUCCCUCGGGGUACCAGAUUUGGUCCGUUCGAGGGUGUCCGCACACCGAGCCAUCCCAGUGACAAACAGCUAUGGCGAUACUUCUGGCGGAUAUUCAAGGACAGUGAUUUCUACUACCUGGACGGGUCAGACACGGCCCAGUCCAACUGGAUGCGGUACGUAGCGUCCGCGUACAGCUUCUCGGUGAUGAAUCUGGUCGCGUGCCAGCACCAGGAACACAUCUACUUCUACACGAUACGCGACAUCAUGCCGAACGAGGAGCUGAUGGUGUGGUACUGUCGCGACUUUGCCAAGCGGCUCGGGUACGACAUCGACCCGGAACGGGCGACCUACUCCAUCUGUCGCGAGGAGGUCGUGAAGAAGACGUACAAACAGCCCGUCCCACCGGAGGUAGCGUACAACCACGUGAAGCACGUGAUGGGCCUCUACCUGCCAGCGAUGGUGCGCAGUACACCAACGCCGAGUCCUUCUCCGCCGGCCCCACCGACCAGUGGUCAUGUUCCUUCCGCCAAGCAUCACGCCCUCCACCAGACCGUUCUGAGAGAGCCUCGAAAUGUUGGGCCGGUUGGUGGUACUGGUUCCGGUGCGGGUGACGAAACCCUGCGGGAUCGAUCCCCCAUUCGCAUUGUGAUCCGAGAGCAGAGUCCACUGCUUCGGGAGAGCGUUAAGGAGGUGGACGCCGACUCACCAAUCUCGCAGACGAAGGAAACCGCGUACGAACAUCAGCUCACGCCGAACGAUGGGUCGGUACGGUCGGACGAGGGCUACCACAGCAAUGGGUACCAUGAGGAUGGGUUUACGCCACCGGAGGACUCGAGCGACAGCGAGAGCGAACACAACUACGUGCUGGACUGUUCGAAGAAGGCGAUCGAGCCGAAGGAAACGAGUGUGGGUCAGCACAAGGUGAGCACAACGGAGCCGUGUGACAAGAACGAAUAUCGCAAGGUGAAGAUGAAGAUGCCGCUGAAGUACGAGUUCAAAAACAACAGCAAGAACUUCAAGGUAGAGCCGGAGCUGGAGAUUGCAACCGAGCGGGAGGUUGAAGCGGUGGCAACGAUCGGUGGCCCGGCGAGUACGGAACCGAUUGUAUCGGGAAUGCGUGAGGUAACGCCUGCUACGAGUACCGUGAUUGUGCUGGACACGACGCCCGAGACGGUUGUGGUGCCGCUGACGAAGAGCUACUACGAGGCAGAACCGACGUCAACGUCCCCGGCAACCUUCAUCCGCUACACGCCACCAAGCUCGAGCUCGAUCCUGGAAACCAUCCUGACCGGCAGUACCCGUGCACCGUCGGUGGAUGAUCCGCACCGUCGGCAGCCGAACGCCACACCACCUCCAACGUCCCCGACCGAGAUGGCCUACUCGUACAAGAAGUCGCAAAGGUACGGAACUGCCUGCAGUCCGGAUUCGAGCUCCCAGAAUCCGGCCCCGGAACCUACCGAGCCCACCUCCCGAUCUCAGACUUCGCUCGAGCAGGAGCCCAAGGAGGCGGAACAUGCGGAACUCGCGCACCAUCAUCAUCCGCACCAUCACCACCUCAACCAUCAUCACCCGCAUCAUCAUCAUCAUCAUCUGCCGCCCCAUCUGCAUCAUGGGCAGCAACCGCACCAGAGCAGCUACCACCACGGACACGAUCGGCUACACGAUCGUGAGGAAGCCGGUGCCUCUCCCUCGCCCUCCCCACUCGUCUACCCGGGCGAACAUCAUCAUCUGCAUCCUCACCAUCACGGUGCGCAGCAUCAUGCGCCGCACCUGCACAGGACACACUCGCCCGUACCGUACGAAUCGCCGGUACCGAGCUACAGCACCACCAGCAGCAGUAUUUACUCGGCCUCGAACGGGUCGGCCAGUGUGAUUAACAGCGCUUCCAGCUCCACCUACAGUCCGCCCCUGAACGGUGGACACUACGAGAGACUGACGACAUCGUCGACGACCCCACUGCGCUCGGUAUCGCCCGGUGUCCCGAACGGGGCGCCCGGCGGUGGCCCCGCUCAACCGGCCGGCUUUGUGCAGCUACAAUCCAAAGGUCAGCUACCUCUUGGACAUCCGCUCAUGCAACCGCUCACCCCGCUCACGCACAUGUCCCCCGGGCGUGUAUCUCCACCGAGCAGUCUCAGUCCGGACGGGGGUUCGUACUCACGGAGCGGCAGUCCCAUGAGCCCGGGCAGUCCGAAUUCGCGCGGCUACCGGAGUCUACCGUAUCCGUUGCGUAAGCGGGACGGGAAGAUGCACUACGAGUGCAAUGUGUGCAGCAAAACGUUUGGCCAGCUGUCGAACCUGAAGGUGCACCUGAGGACACAUUCGGGCGAACGGCCGUUCAAGUGUAACGUGUGCACGAAAUCCUUCACCCAGCUGGCGCACCUGCAGAAGCAUCAUCUGGUGCAUACGGGCGAGAAGCCGCACCAGUGCGACAUCUGCAAGAAGCGAUUCUCGUCUACGUCCAACCUGAAGACGCAUCUGCGGCUGCACAGCGGCCAGAAGCCGUACGCGUGUGAUCUGUGCCCGCAGAAGUUUACCCAGUUCGUGCACCUGAAGCUGCACAAGCGGCUGCACACGAACGAUCGGCCGUACGUGUGCCAGGGCUGUGAUAAGAAGUACAUCAGUGCGUCCGGGCUGCGAACGCACUGGAAGACGACCAGCUGCAAGCCGAACAAUCUGGAGGAGGAGCUGGCGAUGGCGGCGGCGGCCACCUCCGAGUGUUUAGAUAAGGAUGGCCAACCGGAUGGUGAAGGUGGGCGCGAAUUCUACGAAAUGUCUCACCUUCCCGCAUCGCACCACGGCAGUCCGGGUGUGGUGCAGACGGCCACGUCCACCUCCGCCCAACCGCACCAUCCUCACGCCGGUCUGGGUCACCAUCACCAUUCCGAGCAGGUCAUACACAAGGUGUCGGCGGGCAAAAUUCAGCAACACUCAAACGGUGUCGCCAGCAGUAACGGCGCGUCGAGCAACAACAACAGCCCCAACAGUACGAACCACAAUCUACCGUCACCGCACCUGCACUACGGUGGCCAUCUGGUGCAAACGACCACCAACGGGGGAGCGGGUGGUUCGAGCAGUUCCGCAUCACAGCACGAACCCACCAGCCGGCCAAGUGUGAUCGAGUCUAGCCAACCGAUGGUGAUCGAGUGUACGUAGCCCGGUGUGAUACGACUGUAUGCGGGCCGUUCGUGAGUGAGGCCUGUCUGUCGAAACCGUCUUCUUGUUUUAAAAUCUCCUCUUCACAACGGGGCACAAGGCGUGUACUAACUCUUAGGCUCUGUUAAGCAGAUACUAUUAAGUGGUCUUAAGAAGCGUAACUUAUCUAGCUAUAUCGAAGCAUGAAGCCGGAGCUGUAAAUAAUGGCUGUAAUAAUGGGGCAAGGCCGGCUAAUGGUACGCCACCUAGGUUGGAUAUGAAUUUGUGAUCAAAAUUGUCCCCCCUCCCCCUCCCGAUUUAGUUGUGGGCGUCUUCUUUUCUAUUCUCUCCAGUGGUGUGGCGCUUAGAAGCAUAGAGACUAAGGCUUACCGGUGGCGCUACUUCCGCCGAAGCGGGAGCUACCGAUAUAGAUUAACUAGGAACAUAAAACAUAGAUCUUAGUAGCAACAUUAGCAAACGAAACGCAUCAAAGAUCAAAAUUGAAGUCUGAUAGCAAUUAGGAAUAUUUAGCGCGUGGUUCGUUUUCGUUUACAGAUCGCUCGUGUGUUGUUUUCGUUACGAGUUGCGGUGGCUGGCAGCCACCAAAACCACAACCAGACUGACUGAUAGUUUUCCUUUGGGGGGAUGCCACGGAUGAGGGGGUUUUUUGUUUGUUUGUAGCAUUCAUCUAACCCGUGACAGUGUUUUGACUUGCAUUGUUCCGUUUCCCUUUUUUGGUAUGCGUGUGUGUGUGUCCGAGUUCCCCCGAGGAAGGAAAACAGAUUAGCUAUAAGAAGGAAGGAGAGAGUUAGCAUAUAACAUAUACGAGUGAAUUUAUUGCACGAAGAAGAGUGGAGCGUGUGUAAUAUUAAGCAAAGAAAAAAAACUUAAACUAAACUACUCAUACACACAGAAACAUAUAGACACGAAACACACACGGAACACAGUACACAGAGAGAAAGGGGCAGGUGUAAGGAUGUAAUUGAAAAUUACAAUACACGAGUUAGCUGAAGAUCGGUGCUUUUUCAAACAACCAGCGCGUCCCGGCGGAUGGGUCUCCACGGCCCGUCCGUUUUGUCGUGGAUCGCCGGUUUACUAAUAACUAUUACUCAGAGUUAAGACGUUAGAUUAAAAGGGAAAGUUAAAACUAUAUAUCGAGAGAAAACAACACACCGCUAAAACGCAAAACAUUGAUAAGCUAAAACUUUACUGCGAGUGAACAAGAGCUGAUGUGAAGAGCGGAGAGCAAAACAAAAGAAAAAAAAACUAAUAAGCGAUGAAACAUACGCUGGUGCUAUAAGUAGUAACAGAGAAACAAUAUUAAAGAAAAAACGGUAAAAAGAAAAUGUGAACACGGAAGAAAAAAUUAACCCUUAACAAUUGUUGUUCUGCUAAGCCAACACGAACAAGAAAAACAAACAAAUAUCAACUAAUGAAAGGUAAAGGAGGAAGUUUAUACGAAAACGAAGAAACUAAACACAACAAAAUAAAACAAAUACAGCUCAUAAGAGAGGUGAGAAUGCUAAGAAAAAAACCACACACACACACAUUAAAAAUCUUAAAUGGGAAGGGUUGCCUUGCUUGGAAACUUUAUUCGAAAUAAUUGCAAAAUGGAAGGCAAUCAAUGCUUGCAAAACAGUGGCCAAACCGAUUCUAAGCAACACCCGUCUGUUAGCCGAUCCUCUCCCGAUAGACUGACUGAUCCGCUUUGCUGUUCGUUAGCAUGCUUUUCCCUUCUUCUGCUCCUCAUCUCUGACACACCGCUUGAUGGAGGCUGCUGGAUGAAUCUGUAACUGUCACCGACCGAUCUCACCCGGCGGUGUUUAGUGCUUUCGGUUUCAUCACACUUGUUUUUCGAUUGAUUUGUUUUAUUUAUCUCUUGUUUUAUAUGAAACUCCACUCGUUGAUCUUUAUUUUGUGUUUAGAUUGUUUUUUUCCUUCCUCUCUCGCACGCUUGUUUUGUAGCGCGAUAGCGUUUAAGCGAUAGCCAUUAAGUCUGCAAUAGUUGCGAUCUUGGCGGAGAUCAAAACCAUCACAGGAUAUUCUACGAUAAGUCGAGCAGGAUGAUAACAUACUAUGAUACGCGCACUAUCAACCAUCAACACAUUUGUACAUCGCACCGUGGUGGCGAUCAUGUGUGUGUGUGUGUGUGUGUGUAGAAAACAGAGAAAUGUUGAUCAUUUUCCAUCACGUUUUCCAUGAGUUUUUUGUUGUUUGCUUAUAAGACUAUAAGGAGCCGCUCAUUCGCGCGAGUGUGAGUGGAGAGAAAAAAAAAACACACACACACACCAACUGACUGAUUAAUUGAAUUAGUGCGUUAAUUUUAUCCGCUUUUAUGUUGCCGAGGUGACAUGUAUGGUGGCGCGCACGAGGCAAGCAUUUUAAUUCGUCUAUAAUGACCACCAAACAAGCUGCGCUGGUUGUAGAAACAAGGGAAAAGGGAGCGAUCCUGAGAAAAAGAGUAUGGCGUAUUUUGUUUCUUUUAAAGUUAAAUGGGCUCUUAUAUACACUAAAUAAACGAAUGCAACGCAAACGAGUGGAAUAUUAGCGCAAUAGUAACUAGGCUAAGCUGCUAAACUGUAGCUGAUAGGCAUAGAUCGGCAGGACCACAGGAUUGUUUGUUUGUUGUCGUUGUUGUGCCGAGCGAAGGUGCGAGACAGGAGGCAGUAUAGUGGAUAAAGAGAAAACGGAUGGAACGAAACCCCUAGCACUGAGCUUGUAUAGUAUGGAAGUGGGGUUGAUAAGCAGCUACACAGCUGAAUUUUUUUUUUCCGGGUGGGACGUUAGUGUAUUACAAAAAGAAGGAUAAGAAAAAAUGAAUUAAAAGCACACACAAAAAUAAUCCUUAACCGAUACGCGCCGAUGAAGCAGAUACGAACGCUACCUAACUGAUAAUAAUUUAAACAAAACACAACACAACACAACAACAUAUGAAGUAAGACUAAGUGAUUAUUAUUAAUUAACUGCUGUAGCCGUAAGAUGAACUGCUAGUGCGGGUGUGCGUGUGUGUGUGAGCGAACGAUGAGCGAUGAGCUAAUUGUGCGUGAAUGGGAAACGAGUGGAACUCUUUAUAAAAAUACAGAAAAUCUUUACUGAAAAAAAA